UUUGGCUUUAUCGAUAAAGGUACCGAGAAGAAAUGUAGUUCUAUUGGAAAAACAGAUUUCCAAGCCACUUGCCCAAAAGGAUGGGUCGCACAUGUCGAGUUUUGUUAUGGAAUAUUUGAACAACCCGAGAGAAGCUGGAAAGAAUUCCCGCCAAAAUGCGCCGUUCAUAAUGCAAUGUUAGCUAUGCCAAAAACAGAGGAGCAACUAGGAUUCCUCAGGAGUCAUUUACGAGAUCGUGGGCUUCUUGGCCGAGAGUUUCAUAUCGGUCUUCACAAAAGAGGGCAUACGUGGAGGUGGAGCGAUCAUAACGAGGUCAAUAUGGAUUCGAAUUUCAACGAUUUGUAUGGUGAGGAUAGCAAUGACGUCAACUGCGGAGUCUUCUUUAAAGGCCAUAUUAGGAGUUCUAAGUGCAGCAAGGCAAGAUCAUAUAUAUGUGAAAUAAAAAGAGGGAUGGAGGCAGUUCGUAUCCUGGCCUUUGGAGACAGCUUAACUCGUGGAUACUACGGCGGAGGAAAAGAGCAUCAUCCAUAUACAGAGAAAUUAGAAUUUCUUUUGAAUACGGACUCCCAUAAAUGCUUCAUCGUGGAUAAUCAAGGCAAGGAUAAAGAAUUCGCUGCUGAUAUGACGAAAAGGCUGAAUAAAUAUCUGCAAAAAGCACCUUCCUGGUACAARUGGAUAAUAAUUUUAGGUGGUACCAACGACAUAGUACAUGACAAACGACCUCCUUUAGAGAAGAACUGGGACCGAGUUGUUCAUGACGUCAUCAUGGCGCAUCAAACAGCCCAUAAAUAUGGYUUCAACACAAUUGUAGUUACAAUACCGGAAAUAGACUGCGAACAGACUCCGAAAUCUGACUGUAGACGAAUGCACAAGGAACGACUUUAUGUAAAUGAGCGGUUACGUCAUUAUGCCAUGGAAACGAGCGCUGCGGUUUUGAGUGACUUGGCGUGGUUGUUGCCUAGGUACGCCUUGGAGGCGGAAAAGAGACUAUAUUUCUGGGAGUCUGGACUUCAUAUGAAGCCUCGGGGAUAUGAUAAAAUGGCAGAAAUUAUUUAUAAAGAUAUCGUGAGAAAUAUGAAGUAGAUAUGAUAAAAGUAACUAGAAUUUUUCUGUGAAUUAUUUGGAAUAGUUAAUAAGGUAUGUUUAUACUUAGCA